GGAACUGUGCAUGCCUUGAAAUACAUGAAUUGCCCUCUUUAUUUUUGACGGAAAGCCAUGCGUAGAGGUAUGACUUACUCAAUGGCAUCGCCUUGAUUUGUUAGAGAACUCACCUGUUCGUGCCUUGGACAGCUAGUCCUUAUUUCAGUCCUAUGCUAGCCAAAGUAGAGUGGACAAAGUCAGCAUGUUUUGCUCGAUACAAUCAUACAAGAAAGGGAGGAGACUCACUCGAGUGUGUAAUUUUGUGGUUCCACGGGCCGGACGUAGUUGUGCUAUCAUUUCGUGACUACAAAAUGGUGACUGGAUUAUGUAGAAUGAGGGCGAUACUGGCUGUAGCAAGCUGUAUAUCUGUCCGUCCUGCCUGGUCUCAUGUACCAUUUUAUAUACCUACCGUCUGCGGAGAGUGAAGGUCGUUGUUGGCCACAGGCCGCCCCAGCAAUAUCGCACAGGACAUCUCAUCU